GUAGUUUUGCUCCGCCAAUGAAGUGAAAGAAGAAGAAGCGUCAAAACAACCCAAGCAGGAGUGGAGAGAGAAAUGAGCUUCACUUGCCAUCUACUGCUCUCCUGCUGCUCCUCCUGUCAUGGACCUUUCCUGCUGCCGCGCUCUGGUUGGUCCUGGUGGCUCCGGGCGUCCAGCAGCAGACCCCAAAUCAGCAGCAGCCUACGAGAGAACUACCGGCUGCUGCAACUGCCCGAGGUCGAGCCGAUCGGUGACGCCCGCGUCAAGGAGUCCUACCUGCGCCUGGCCAAGCUUUACCACCCGGAUUCUGGCGCUUCUACCGCCGAUGCGGUCCUUUUCGCCCGGGUCGAGGAGGCCUACCGCUCCGUUCUGGCACACCGGAGCGAGGCACGGUGUCGGCAUGCGGCGAAGGACGUAGACGAGGAGGAAGAGGACGAGUCCAAGAGUGUGGCUCCCCAGCAUAGGCACUACCUCAACUACGAGGGUGUUGGCUCGGGCACUCCUAGUCAACGCGAACGCCAGUACCGGCAGUUCCGUGUAGAUCGAGCUUCCGAGCAGGUCCUAGACUACCGGCAGAGGGAACACGAGAGAGCGGCAGCUGCAGAGGGGGCGCUGGUGAAGCGGGACAUGCGUCAGCGCAGCAGGAAGAUAAAGAUCACCCAGGCAGUGGAGCGCCUUGUGGAGGACCUGAUCCAGGAGUCCAUGGCGCGAGGGGACUUCCGCAACCUGAGCGGCGUUGGAAAGCCUCUCAAUAAGUUUGAGCACAACCCCUACGCUGACCCCAUGACACACAACCUUAAUCGCAUCCUCAUCGACAACGGCUACCAGCCAGCCUGGGUGGUCACGCAGCGAGACAUCCGCGAGGGCGCCGCUCACAUCCGUAGCGCUUUAUUGGAGGGGAGGGCCCGGCUGGGGGAACCCAUGAACCCGACGGAGCGCGGCAGGUGGGAGGAGCUACGUGCCCGCGCCGAGGAGGACCUGGUUAAGCUCAAUAAGAUGGUGGACGACUACAACCUGAUCACGCCCAUGCUCCAGAUGCAGAUGGUGCACUUCAGCUUGGCGCGGGAGGCGGAGCGCGCUGAGAAGGCUGCCCGACAGCGCCAACUAGAGCAGCGGGCGGAGCGGGAGAGAAAGAGGGAGGAGAAGAAGAGAGACAACGCCGCCAGCGCGAAGUCUAGAGACACAAAACCAGGCUUGAUGUCUUGGAUGCAAAGCUGGCUCAGAUGAAGGACACGGAACAACACUUUCCUUUAUUUCCUGUUCACGGCUGAGCUGGAGCCUAUCCCAGCUGACUUUGGUCCUAAUUUUGUUGACUAAAAUAGGACAAUAACAAUCAAAACAAAUACAUGUUGACUAAAACAAUGAUGAAAUUAACUGACAAUUUAGUCAAAAAUGUGACAAAAAUAUUCACGGAGAGGAAAUCCAAUCAAAUUUCGUCUUUAGUGGGUGGAACAAGUUAGGAAUCUUUCCAAUCACAGUAGCAUGUGGGAGAGAGGCAGGGCAUAAAUCAUGGAGGGAUCCAAUCAGAACUACUGUCUCUAUAAGGCAUAUUGUUUUGUUUUUUCACCUGGGAAAACAAGACCGUAUUGUUACACACCUUCAAUACAAUAUGUCUUGCAGACAUAUGAACGCACUUCACCUUUGCAACGGUAGACAACAAUUAAGACACGUUUUAACUCAAUUUUCUCCGGUAAAAAUACAACCAACUGGACGCGCCGUCUGCAGGCAAAUCAUCCGGACAUCUACGCAACACUAGUAGUAGUAGUAAAUACUUUCAAAUGACUCAUACUGUACUGAAUUACUGUUACUAUUAAAGACGGUAGAACAGGAGCAAGACCGCUUACUCUACCACUACUUUUGUAGUACACCAUCGUCGAGCUUGUCCACUAUUUAAUAAUCAAGACACAGUGUACUAUAAUCGAUGUCCUCGGCACACUGUUCAGAUAUUAAUUGCACAACUUGACAACCCAAAAGAGCAGGUAUAUACAGGUAAAAGCCAGUAAAUUAGAAUAUUUUGAAAAACUAGAUUUAUUUCAGUAAUUGCAUUCAAAAGGUGUAACUUGUACAUUAUAUUUAUUCAUUGCACACAGACUGAUGCAUUCAAAUGUUUAUUUCAUUUAAUUUUGAUGAUUUGAAGUGGCAACAAAUGAAAAUCCAAAAUUCCGUGUGUCACAAAAUUAGAAUAUUACUUAAGGCUAAUACAAAAAAGGGAUUUUUAGAAAU